AUGCCUCGGCGGGAGCGGGUUCCUUCGCUCUGGAAGAAUGUCAGUGCCUCCAGCACGGCGCCCGGUGUACGGCUGGAAUCUACCAGUCACGAGUUGCCGUUUGCCUUUGGCUUUGAACUCAUCGGAUCCAAUGUAUUCCGGACGACCUUUUCAUCAGAGUCGCAUCCUCUGCCCCCUCACCCCAGUGUCGUAAUCCCAACCUCGGGACAGCAGGCGCUGCGGGCUGGCACCUCGGUCGGGAGCGGCGGUAAAAGCAAAGAGAUUCGCACUGGAGAGGUCGUUGCCAGCGUUGACUGGAGCAGAUCCUCACCACUUGUCAGCAUCUCAUACGUCGACUCGGACGAGCCGCUGCAUACUGAUCUUCCUGACCGAUCCUACGUGGUGGACGGGGACGGCAUUGCACAUUACUCCCGCUACAAGCGUGGAACUCUGCACGUCGGUCUCGGUGAAAAGGCGGCCCCCAUGAACUUGUCAGGUAGGCGAUUCGAGCUGUCUGCCACCGACAGCUUCGGAUAUGACGUCUAUAGGACGGACCCAUUGUACAAGCACAUUCCGCUCCUCAUCAACGCGACUCCCGCCGGUUGUGUUGGCCUCUUUUCAACCAGUCAUGGACGGGGGGAGUACUCUGUUGGUGCCGAAAUGGACGGCAUGUGGGGACGCUACAAGGUGUAUCGACAGGACUAUGGCGGCCUGGAAGAGGUUGUGAUUGUCGGCAAGACUCUGAAAGACGUUGUCACGACAUAUGCCGAGUUUGCUGGCUAUCCGUUGCUGGUCCCUCGAUGGGCAUUCGGCUAUCUGUCCGGGGGCAUGAAGUAUUCCAUGCUCGACGAUCCACCUGCAUCUGAAGCACUUCUCCGACUGGCUCGGAAGAUGAGGGAACACGACAUUCCCUGCUCUGCCCAUCAGAUGUCGUCGGGAUACACUGUGGCAGAACGGGAGCCCAAGACGAGAAAUGUGUUCACGUGGAACCGACACCGCUUUCCAGACCCCAGGGGAUGGAUUCAGGAACACCACAAGCUCGGUAUGCGGCUGAUCGCGAAUGUCAAGCCCUACGUUUUGGCCAGCCACCCAGAGUAUCAGAAGCUAAAGAACGCGGGUGCCUUGUUCACCGAUCCGCACACCAAGACCACAGCCGUCGCCCGACUUUGGAGUGCCGGUGGUGGUGAAAGUGACGAGGGCGGCCACAUCGACUUCACCUCAGCCGCUGGGUUUGGGUGGUGGGUCAAUGGGGUCAAGAAACUUCGGGAGGAAGGCAUCGACUGUAUUUGGAACGACAAUAACGAGUACGCCAUUGCCGACGAUAGCUGGCAGUGUGCUCUUGAUCAGCCCUCCCUUGCAGUGCCAGAGGGUCUCGAGGAACGUCGAAGCAUCGGCCUCUGGGGACGCAGUUUGCACACGGAGCUCCACGGCAAGGCUUCGCACGAUGCCCUGCUCGAGGCUGAUCCAGACAGUCGACCGUUUGUGCUUACUCGAGGCGCCACGGCUGGCACGAUGAGAUAUGCGUGUAGCUCCUGGAGUGGUGACAAUAUGACGAGUUGGCCAGGAAUGAAGGGCGCAAAUGCACUGUCGCUCACGGCGGGCAUGUGUCUGAUGCAGUGCUAUGGCCAUGACAUCGGUGGAUUCGAAGGGCCGCAACCGUCUCCGGAGCUGUUGCUUCGAUGGGUGCAACUCGGCGUCUACUCCCCCCGGUUUGCCAUCAACUGCUUCAAGACGGGGGAUGACAAUAACGUUGGCGACGUCAUCGAGCCAUGGAUGCAUCCGUCAAUCACACACCUUGUCAGAAAAGCGAUCAAACGCCGAUAUGAAAUGAUACCGUAUUUGUACUCGCUCAUGUUGUCAAGUCACCAAACGGCCAUACCACCGCAGAGGUGGACGGGUUGGGGAUACGAGUCGGACCCCGAAAUUUGGACUCCCGAGAUGAUGGAUGGCGAGUGUCAAUACUGGCUUGGCGAUUCCAUCCUUGUUGGAGGUGUUUACGAGCCGGGGGCGAGCCAAGCCCGAGUAUAUCUGCCAAAACAAACCGAUUCCGAUGAAGGAUUCUUGAAUCUAAAUGCGCCAUACCAGCAUUUCCCACCUGGUCAGUGGAUUACGAUAGAUGCUGAAUGGCACGGGGCUGGUAUCCCAGUCCUUGCCAAAGUCGGCACCGCCAUUCCAAUCGGCCGAGACGUCCAAGUCCUCUCACCCGGGGAAAAGGAGAAUGUGGCCGGUUUACCCUUGGAUGACUACCGCGCUGUGGAAAUUUUCCCUCCGCCGGGGAAGGGUGCAAACGAUUGGUAUGUGUUCGAGUGGCGUGAGGAUGAUGGUGUGUCGGCCGUUUGCAAGGUUAAGAUUUCCAAGUAUACCAUUUCGUUCAAUGCUACAGAAUCUCAAGUGCGUGUCAAGUUCACCCGAGACGAGAAAUCGGGGUUCGUUGCUCCUUGGAAGACACUUGUCGCGAUCCUUCCUGCUGGGGAUUUGAGAAGUGUUGUGUCAGAGGAUGAUAUGCAGGUUCGAGCCCUCAAGACGGACCAGCAAGGCCGACAACAAUUUGAACUAAGUCGGCGGUAA